AUGGGCGUGGCCCGAUUACGCACACUGUUCGUGCUUCUGUUGGCUGUUUGCCACAAUGCAAAGGAAGCCGUUAAUCCCAGUGGCCCGGAAUAUGAGGGUCAAAGCGGACAGUUCACCUACGCCAUUUUUGCCUCAGUCGGUGUUUCCCAUUCAAAAGCCCGAGAGCUCUGCUCCGCUUACUACCCUCGUGGCAAGCUUGCCUGGCUGGGGGACAUUGGCCUUCCACCAAUCCGAGCAAUCAUCGACCAGGCAUUGGCCUUCCAUUACAUGAAUUUCAACAACUUCUUCUGGAUCGAUGGCAUCUUGCAGGAUGCAAACUGCAAGCCCCAAUCCAGGUCGUGUCUGUGGAAACCACGAACCAAUAGCCUCGUUCCCAGGGGCUCCUCAAAGGUCUUCAAGCACGUCGACACGGCGUGCCACAGGUCGCGGCGCGACGUCUCCAACGAGACAACAACCGACCGCAAAUUCUGGCCCGUGCUCAUUCCAAACACCAACGCUGAACUCGGCUCAGACGAGGCGUUUGUCUUCGCUGCUUCGCCAGGCUACGUGAAGGCGGGGUUUGUGUGUGCUCAUGCUGGGGGCUACGACGGGUGUCCAUUCGGGUUUACGGAAAUGACCAUCACUCGUGUCCCCUCUGCGCUAGUUCCCACUUUAGUCACCACGUCAGAUUUAUGCAUUGUUUAG